AUCCGGGGCGGCGGUGCGGAGCGGGGCGGGCGGCGGAGCGAUGCUGGCACGGGCAGCGAGCCGGGCCGGGCCCGGGUUCGGCCUGCUGCAGCUCUCCCAGCAGCUGAAGCGCUCGGCCUGGCUGUCCCCAGCACCACGCCGCUGGAACUCGGGGCUGCCCAUGAACGUGGGGGUGCUCUUUGUGCCACAGCAGGAGGCGUGGGUGGUGGAGAGGAUGGGCAAGUUCCACCGAAUCCUUGAGCCUGGUUUGAACUUCCUCAUCCCUCUGCUGGAUCGGAUUCGUUACGUGCAGAGUCUCAAAGAAAUUGUCAUCAAUGUCCCGGAGCAGUCAGCUGUCACUCUAGAUAAUGUCACCCUGCAGAUUGAUGGUGUGCUCUACCUGCGGGUUAUAGACCCCUACAAGGCCAGCUACGGUGUGGAAGAUCCUGAGUAUGCAGUGACCCAGCUUGCCCAGACAACCAUGAGAUCUGAACUUGGCAAACUCUCCCUUGACAGAGUCUUCCGGGAGCGGGAAUCUCUCAAUGCCAACAUUGUGGAUGCCAUCAACCAGGCCUCGGACUGCUGGGGCAUCCGCUGCUUGCGCUACGAGAUCAAGGACAUUCACGUGCCCCCACGUGUGAAGGAAUCCAUGCAGAUGCAGGUGGAGGCAGAGCGACGGAAGCGAGCGACAGUGCUGGAGUCGGAGGGGACACGGGAGUCGGCCAUCAACGUGGCUGAGGGGCAAAAGCAGGCGCAGAUCCUGGCCUCGGAAGCUGAGAAGGCCCAACAAAUCAACAAAGCUGCUGGAGAAGCCAGUGCCAUGCUGGUGAAGGCCAGGGCCAAGGCAGAGGCAAUUCAACUCCUGGCAGCUGCUCUGGCACAGCAGCACGGCAGCGCUGCUGCCUCUCUCUCAGUGGCAGAGCAGUAUGUGAAUGCCUUCUCCAAGCUGGCCAAAGACUCCAACACCCUCCUGCUGCCCGCCAACACCGGCGACAUCACCAACAUGGUUGCACAGGCCCUGGGCAUCUACGCUGCGCUGACCAAGCCACAAGCUGUGAAGAACCAGGAUGAGGUGCCUCAAGCCCAUGAAGAACCCCAAUCUCCCACCACGGAGGGGCUGAAGGCAGGGCAGGCCAGCUCCAGCUAGCGGGGCCAGGGUGGGAGGACCCCACAGCCUCCUCUGGGGGCUGCCAGCGGUCCUGCCCGGCCACCUGCCUCCCUCAGACGCUCUCCUUCCCUCGGUCCUUGUUUUGUAUUUGGGUCUAAAUCAUGUAAUAAAUGGUAGGGGUGCUGCUGCUGCAGCAGGACCUGCCGUCUGCUGCUGA